AUGGAGACCGUUCCGGACCCCCGAGACCUCCCGCCGGACCCUCGUCUCCCGGGCGAACAGCCCCGAUACUCGCGCGACAACAUUGUCACCGCUUUACUAUCUUUCUACGAGAGUUUGCCUCAUGUCGACCCUUCCCUCAUCCGACGAGCCCCGCCAGGGGGCUGGACCGAGAUUACCCCUGAGUCUCUUGCUGCCGCCAAGAUGCGCCCAGCUGAACGAGUCAUCGACUUGAUCCGUCACCUCCCAUUUAUCGAUGGCGAGCCUCAAUCGCCCUGGAUUACGCCGGAAACUUUCCCUAUCAACUACCACAGCGUCGUGACCAAAGCGACCGCGGGAACCUUCAUGCCGGGGUGGAUGAAAACACUGGGACACGACCAUUUCUAUGAGUUUCCGCCAUGGGUCUUUCAACUUACCACCAGUGCUCAUCGAGAUGGUGACAUCUGGCUUCUGGAUACCAUGGAUGGAACUGUGACCAAGUAUAUCAUCACUGGGGCUGUUUAUCCAGAACCAGUGGGAAGGUAUGAACAGAACGAUCCGCGGAUGUGGAGGCAAGUGUAUUGUGAUGAAGAUACCCUCACCCUGGAGAAGUGGCUAGAUGGCCUAUUGGAGAAGUACAAGACCCUUCAGUGGCUUGGCAUACCUCGCUCGCAGCAUCCAGGAGUGUUCGGACCGAAGGAAUAUGAUGAUGAAGAGUCCGAGAGCUACAAACAGGUGGAACAUGGAUGGCCGGAUUAUUACAACGGCGACGAUUGUCGCCAAAGUUUGCUAGAAUGGGCAGCUAAAGCCAAGGAAUAA